GCUCGCUCGAUGGCUGCUCGGUGUAACAAAACGGGAAGCGUCACAUUUCUCUUUUCAGUAUUAUGAAUGAAAGUCUGUUCUUUGAAUUUGGAUCUGUAGUAAUUGUUGUCAAACAUUACUGAACAGGUGCUGAAAACGAGCUGCACUAAGCUCGUAUAUAUUAGUCCACGAUGUCUGCGAGUGCGGUGUAUGUUUUGGAUUUAAAAGGAAAGGUCCUGGUGUGCCGAAAUUACCGAGGAGAUGUGGACAUGUCUGAGAUUGAGCACUUUAUGACCCUGUUGAUGGACAAAGAGGAGGAGGGGACGCUGUCUCCGAUCCUGGCCCAUGGGGGGGUCCGUUUCAUGUGGAUCAAACACAAUAACCUCUACUUGGUUGCAACGUCCAAGAAAAAUGCUAGUGUCUCACUGGUCUUCUCCUUCUUGUACAAAAUUGUUCAGGUUUUUUCAGAGUAUUUUAAAGAACUGGAGGAAGAGAGCAUUAGAGAUAACUUUGUCAUCAUAUAUGAGCUGAUGGAUGAGCUGAUGGACUUUGGCUAUCCUCAGACCACUGACAGCAAGAUUCUGCAAGAAUACAUAACCCAGGAGGGGCACAAGCUAGACACUGGUGCCCCGCGACCCCCUGCUACAGUCACCAAUGCUGUCUCCUGGAGGUCAGAGGGCAUCAAGUACAGGAAGAAUGAGGUCUUCCUGGACGUCAUUGAGUCAGUCAACCUCCUGGUUAGUGCCAAUGGUAAUGUCCUACGUAGUGAGAUCGUUGGCUCCAUUAAGAUGCGUGUGUUCCUGUCUGGAAUGCCAGAGUUGCGGUUGGGCCUUAACGACAAGGUUCUGUUUGAAAACACUGGACGAGGGAAGAGUAAAUCAGUAGAGUUGGAGGAUGUGAAGUUUCACCAGUGUGUCCGUCUGUCACGCUUUGAGAAUGACCGCACCAUCUCCUUCAUCCCUCCUGACGGAGAGUUUGAGCUCAUGUCCUACCGCCUCAAUACUCACGUGAAGCCUUUGAUCUGGAUUGAAUCUGUUAUUGAGAAACACUCCCACAGUCGGAUUGAGUACAUGAUCAAGGCAAAGAGUCAGUUCAAAAGGCGUUCCACUGCCAACAACGUGGAGAUCCACAUUCCAGUGCCAACGGAUGCUGACUCACCCAAAUUCAAAACCACAGUGGGCAGCGUGAAGUGGGUGCCUGAGAACAGCGAGAUUGUCUGGUCAAUCAAGUCCUUCCCUGGUGGAAAAGAGUAUCUGAUGCGAGCCCACUUUGGUUUGCCGAGUGUUGAGGCUGAAGACAAAGAGGGAAAGCCACCAAUCAGUGUCAAGUUUGAGAUCCCAUACUUCACCACCUCAGGCAUCCAGGUGCGGUACCUGAAGAUCAUUGAGAAGAGCGGAUAUCAGGCCUUGCCAUGGGUGCGCUACAUCACCCAAAAUGGAGAUUACCAGCUCCGGACCCAGUAGGCAGUACAUCAGCCGGCAGUAAGCAGGUGGAGAUCAGAGAGGGUGGAGUCGAGCUGCUAAUGUGCUAUCAAUAGCAGGUGUCAGUCACAAGUGUAAAGGACUGCCAGAAUCUACCUUUCAUUUUGUAUUUGUUGAUGUAUUCAUUUCUAAUCAAUGCAAAUAUUAGAUGGGGCCUUGGGUUAGGCAAGAUAAAAAAAAAAAAGAGCAGUUAUGAUUUAGUACCAGGAGGCUCCAAAUGUGAGUGAGGCCAAGAAAACUGGUUUGCAUCUAGCUAAUAACAGUGCCGAGCUGUACACAGUCUAUCAGAGUGGGUGAGAUGGUUUGAAAGCAGAUGAUACAAUUCUCAUUUAAAGUUACUGUAGUCACCUCCACACAGGUCAACAAUACAUUCACCAGUCUGAGCUUGACAUUUUUAUAUGAAGCUGCUUUGUUCUGCCACAAUUCGUAUUUGUUGAUUAUCUGUAUAUAUUUUUUACCUUCAUUUCAGUAUUAUUAGUUUGACAUUGGUAAAUACUUUUUUCAUUUUGCACUAUCAUCUUCAUGUGAUGCCACUGAAAUAUGUCAGAGCAAUGCCUUCCUGUUUGGCUGUUGAGCUUUUUAUUCAUCGGUGUGACUCUAUUAUUCAGCUUUGCAUAAAAAAUCUACAUGUGAUGAUUUCAGUUUGCACAGUAAGAAUACCAACUGAAAAUCCCUCCCUUCCACCCUGACACCUGGUUCACCUUUCCCUGCCUGAAACCACACUUUUAAAUCAUUAAAUGUCUAUUUAGAGAAAACUG